GUGCAUGUGUGAACACACAGGCACGUGGGAAAUUAUUUCAGGCAAAACCAAAGUUUUUUGUUUAGAAUUUUCCACCAUCUUUGUUUGGUCAAUAUAAGAUAUUAGUCAAAGCCAGAGUCAAGCUGGGUAUCCUGUUUACUGCAUACCAGUUUUUCCACAUUACAGAUCUGCCAAUUUAGAGAGUGCAUUAUAGUUGCGUCCAGUUUAUGUAUGUGGCUGAGUGUGAACCUCUUGAGUUUGGACUAGUGAUUAAUAUCCCGAAACUAUAAUAGUAUCUUCAAAUUUUGCUUCUCUUCCCACUUGCCAAACUGCUUUCCUUGAUCAUAGCAUGAAUCCUUGAGGCAUGAGCUCUAACAUAUUCACAAGUACUACACUAGCCAACUCCAGAGAAUAAGCAAAGGAGAAAAUUUCUGAGAAGCCAUGGCAGAGGAGGAUAUAUACGCAAAAGAUGGAACUGUAGACUACCGUGGGAAUCCUGCUAACAGAAAGGAAACUGGAACCUGGAGAGCCUGCCCCUUCAUUAUAGGAAAUGAAUGUUGUGAAAGAUUGGCUUAUUAUGGGAUGAGCUCCAAUUUGGUUCUUUAUUUCAAGAACAUAUUAAAUCAGCAGAGUGCUACUGCUGCUAAAAAUAACUCUGAUUGGAGCGGAACAUGCUAUACUACACCGUUGAUCGGAGCAUUUCUGGCUGAUGCUUAUCUAGGAAGAUACUGGACGAUUGCAAUUUUCUCCAUCAUUUAUGUAAUUGGAAUGACGCUUUUAGCAAUGUCAGCAUCUGUCCCUGGUCUAAAGCCGAAAUGUUACGCAAAAAACGACUGUGAUCCAACUGAUGCACAAAGUGCCGCGUGCUUUGUAGCACUUUACCUGAUAGCUCUGGGCACAGGAGGUAUUAAGCCUUGUGUCUCAUCCUAUGGAGCAGAUCAGUUUGAUGAUACAGAUGAGGUAGAGAAGAAGCACAAAGGCUCUUUCUUCAACUGGUUCUACUUCUCAAUUAAUGUUGGAGCUCUUAUAGCUUCCUCCGUGCUGGUUUAUGUACAAGACAAUUGGAGUUGGGGAUGGGGUUUUGGCAUUCCUGCAAUUGCCAUGGCAAUUGCAGUUGUGAGCUUCUUUUCAGGUACUCGGCUGUACAGGUACCAAAAGCCAGGAGGCAGCCCUCUCACACGUCUCUGCCAGGUGAUAGUAGCAUCCAUUAGGAAAUACAAAGUUGAAGUGCCUGCUGACAAGUCUCUUCUGUAUGAGACAGCAGAUGCUGAAUCCAACAUCAAAGGAAGCCGCAAGGUUGAGCACACCAAAGAUUUCAGUUUCUUUGACAAGGCAUCAGUGGAAACGGAAAAAGAUAAUGUAAAGGAUUCUGUAAACCCAUGGAGACUUAGCACCGUAACCCAAGUUGAAGAGCUAAAAUCCAUCAUCCGGUUGCUCCCAAUAGGGGCCACUGGCAUAAUCUUUGCCGCGGUGUACAGCCAGAUGAGCAACUUAUUUGUGUUACAAGGUGAUCAAAUGAAUAAAUUUGUUGGCAAUUCCAAGUUCCAGAUCCCAUCUGCAUCUCUUUCCGUCUUCGACACCCUCAGUGUUAUCUUUUGGGUCCCCAUCUAUGAUCGCAUUAUUGUGCCAUUUGCAAGAAGAUUCACAGGUAACAAAUAUGGCUUGACUCAACUUCAGAGGAUGGGCAUUGGCCUCUUCAUAUCAAUAUUUGCCAUGGUAUCUGCAGCAGUUUUAGAACAGAUAAGACUCGGAACUGUUAGAAGACACAACUCCUAUGAAAUUAAACAAGUGCCGAUAUCUGUAUUUUGGCAAGUUCCACAGUAUUUUCUUAUAGGGUGUGCAGAAGUUUUUACAUUCAUUGGGCAGUUGGAAUUCUUCUACCAGGAAGCACCUGAUGCCAUGAGGAGCUUGUGCUCUGCUUUAUCACUCACCACAGUUGCUCUUGGCAAUUACUUGAGUUCUCUCCUUAUGACUAUUGCUACAAGCAUCUCCACCAGGAAUGGAAAACCUGGGUGGAUACCCGACAACUUAAAUUAUGGUCAUGUCGAUUACUUCUUCUGGAUGUUGGCAGUAAUGAGUGUGCUCAAUUUAGGUGCCUUUCUCUUGAUCUCAAAGUGGUAUACAUACAAAACACCAUUAGGAACUCUCCGUUGACCGUCUCUCAGAUUUGCUGUUGUUGCCGAAACAACUGUAAAUAAAUUCAGUCAGUGCUCAAGAAUAUGUUUCUUUUACCAGAUAUUUCAUAUUUGUAAAAUAGAAUUUAAACAAGUCUAUGCACCCUACAGCAAAGGCAGAAGUCCACUGUGUCUGUAAUAAUGUAAUAGAGAAUGAAACCUAAUCAAGGAAGAAAGUGAACCGCCAAUCAGCCAAAGCAAUUACAUGCUAUCUUUCUACAUUUGUAUAUAUAAUUGUAGGCCACUUUCCUUUCCAUUCA